AUGACGACGGAUCGCCACCCGAGCCACUCUCUAAACUCGCCCCUUGAGGCUCAAUCCAAGCAGCCCCGCGUCCACAACAACAUGAUAGGAGAUUCUGCCGACCUGACCACCCUUUCUGAUGUCAAGGAUCUGGGUAGCGUUACCGAAACAUCGACAACCCGCGCUGGAACAGAUGCAUUGAGUCCUCGGCGUGCAGGCUUUGGUGCUACUGCGUCCCAGGCCCAAAUAUCCUCACAGAAGCAGCUCAACGAAUACCGAGAAAAACUUGCACGCGACCUCGAACGCCGCGAACUGUCAGCUAGAGGCCUGAUGGCGAGCCCGAACGAGAAGAUCAGGGUUUCUCCCAUACCAGAAGAAGGUCUUACUGGUUCACCGCUUCAGACUUCAGCUCUAACGACUACUUCAACCGAGUCGAACACUACCGUCAGAGGCGCUCCCACUCCAGGACCCAUUGCAGGCACUCCAUCUUAUCCGUUUCCUCGAAUGGUGCCCCCCGGUUUUGUACCAUCGUAUCUGCAUAGGCCUUUCACCAGUCUCUCACCCACGGGCGCUCCACGAUCCUUCAGUUAUGGCUCUUUCGAAGGUUUAGGUAUGGGUGCUCAAGACAAGCUUGUGUCAAGCACUUCUACCCCGGCAUCUAACUUUACAUUCAACCCAUCCGCCGUAUCGCCACAUCCCGAAAACCCCGAUUUUCCUAACCCUAACCUUUAUGAUCUUUCUUUAAUGCUUGCUGCUGAGCCUGGUCUGGAUGCUUGGUGGUCGAAUGUUGUCCAAAUUAUGAGAGAUGUGUACAAAGCUGAGCGCGUGACACUGGCCGUCCCGGCUGACUCAACAGACAUUGAAAACGUUCCUUGGGGCCAGAAGGCUACUUUUAAUCAACACAAGGAGGAUGAUCUGAGCCUCGGAUAUAUGGCUGCCAAACACCCUAGCAGUAUUGGUUUGAGCAAUAGCGACUAUGAUAGAUCUGGACCUGGGUCAAACGCCACACCGUCAGUUGCAGACGAUACCCUGCACGCCAAUUCUGCUGCCCGACCUGGUCUGUUUAGUCGACAUUCAUACACAACAUAUGAGGAGAAGAGAGAGAAGUCUCAGGCCCAACCUAAUUUGCAGGCUCGCCGACCUGCCUUCCUGGCCAGGAGUCAGAGUAACUAUCCUGCAGGCCGUGCCUCCAGGGAGGCCUAUGCUGAUUUCGCCAAGCUGAAUAAGACAACACUUGACGAACACGAUGCUAUUGAACAACCGAUUCCAAGCUGGGAGGCGCCACUCAUUGGAGAAAAGGAUGGCCAGGGACGUGUUCUGCCUGUGCUGCAGGCUCUUGACUAUGAAGCAGACCCCCUCAUCGAUCACAGUGGAGUGAUGCGUGUACUGGAGCGUGGAAGAGCCAUCGCACUCACUAGAUCGUAUCCUUAUCUCGCCGAUGAAGUUCCUGCCGAGUCUUCGAAGAAGUCAAAAGCUACUACUCAAGAAUCUUCCAACGCCCCCAAGAACUUCAGCAAACCUCGGUCCGAUUCGUUUUCGAAGCUAUCAUCGAUGUUCAACUCAGCUAGUUCCUCCCGUGUACCAAGCCGCAGCAAGACCCAUUCAGCUGCCGACAGGGCUAAGUCAAUAGCUUCACGCCUGGAUGACCGGUUGGAAGAAGAUAUGCCUCGGCCCCCGACUCCAAAGUACGAAGAGUUUGAGCAGGCACCCCCAUCACCCUGGUCACAAUCGCCGGCGCCAUCUCCUGCUGUGCGGGCCGACCCGAAGGAGAAUCCAUUUUUCACAGACGCCAUGGUAGAUGAGGAUUCCUUCAACCCAGAUACUGGCACAGAUGACUACACAGGAAUGCGGCCACCUGAAGCUAUCGGUGUUGACAAUUCAUGGACUGUUCUCCAUAUUCCGCUUUCCCAUGUCCUCCUCUCUAAACCUACCCGAACCUUCAAACUCGAUAGCACUCUGAUGGAGCAAAAGUCUCACUCCCGCAACAAGAGCGAGAAUAUUCCUGCUCCAAGUGAGGAUGGUGGCCGUAACACACCAGACAGCUUCAAGAGAGACAAGCCGGCACCUAUUGCAAUCUUGUCCAUCCUUAGUCCAAUCAUCCCUUAUCCAUCUAACUUGAAGCACUCUCUCGAGCACCUCGCACCGCACAUGGCCACGACCUUCUCACUGUCUCGACAUUACAGCAAUCUUGAAACCGAACUUGCAGGCUUGCAGCGCAAACGACCGCAAACGGCUGGAUUUGGUGCAGUUGCACAUGAUGGACGCCCUUUGGAAAAUAUGGCUUAUCUUACCGCCGACGACAUUGUCCCUCACCAGUCACAUGCUGGCAGUAUGACAAGCCCGAGCGACUAUUCGGGAGUCUCCAAGAGUGCUACUGGGUCUCCAUUAGGAACACCUGGGUGGGAUCAGGGGUCUGGCAACUUUAUGAACGACAAGCGACCACCGCCUACCUCAAGCCCUGCUGCCACGCCUUCGGGUGAAGGUUAUUUUGCUUCCAGACAGCGGCCAGUGCCUACACGACACGAGACCUUUGGCGGCACAGGUAACCCACGAAUAAGAACAAGCUCGAAGGACAGCUCGCCCGCCGAGAAGCGAAACGCUCGCCUCAGUGGUCCCUCGCUUUCGCAAGAGAGUUCGGAUCAGAGCUUGUCCGUUGAGAGUAAGACGGCUCGUACUUCAUCCAAUGAGUCGACUACGGCUUCGGCGAAGAAGUCUGCACAAGGAGAUGCUCCCGAUGUCAGUAAAGAUACUUUGGAUCCCGUCGAUGAUGACAAUGCGGCUGAGAAUUUGGCUGACACUGCAAAGACUGGACGUGGCACUCGUCAAGGACACAGCAUGCUUCACUCUUAUGGUGCAGAUUUCGCUUCAACCUUUCAAUCUCUUCCGCCGAGUUCCACGCUCUCGGCUCGACCGACACCUGUUUCUGCACCAUCUCGGAGCGGCUCGUUAACUACCACAGCUGUUGAUAUGCCACCUCCAUCUGACAGACUGAAGGGACUGAUCCUAGAUUCUCUACCUGCUCAUGUAUUUGUUGCUCUCCCACAGACUGGAGAAAUCGUUUGGGUCAACAGCCGGUACCUCUCCUACCGAGGUCAAACAGCAACCGAUCUCGCUGCUGAUCCCUGGGGAAGCCUUCACCCCGACGACCGAGACGAAUACCUAAAAGCCUGGGGCCACUCUAUCCGCACUGGAGAACAAUUCUCGAGGACAGUUAGGAUUAAACGAUUCGAUGGCGCGUAUAGGUGGUUUUAUGCUCGGGCCGUUGCUUCCAAGGACAAGAGGGGUGUCAUAAUGCAAUUCCUUGGAUCUUAUAUGGACAUCCACGACCAACACAUUGCCGAGCUGAAAGCCGCUCGACAGGAGGAAAUCGAAGCAUCCGAGGCUAAGCACCGACUACUUGCCAACCUUAUACCACAAAUCAUCUUUACAGCGACGGAAGACGAAGGUAUAACCUUUGCCAAUGAACAAUGGCUAUCAUAUACUGGCCAAAGCUUCUCAGAUUCACUUGGGUUGGGUUUCAUGGACUUUGUACACCCUGACGAUCUUGCCAAAUGCCGUAUUCCCACUCAACCUCCAACUCCAGGCGGGCCAAAGCGUGAAGGGCAAAACAGUGUGUAUCGACAAGGAUCCGUGCAGUCUGAAGCAGCGUCAACGAGUACUAUACAAGCGCCUAGGUCCGGUACGCCACAGGACUCGCCUAUGCGUGGCGCACAACAGACUCUAUCCCGGCACAACAGUUCCAGUGGCAGUUCCGCAUAUGAUUGGCCUACUGCAGACUUGACUGAAUUGGCUCGUAAGGGAAUCAUCAAAGUCGCGACUGAUAGUGCUGGCCGAGUUUCAUACACUACCGAGGUUCGACUGUUAUCAAAGACUGGAGAAUAUCGUUGGCAUUUGAUUCGUUGUGUUGAGAUUGACACAAUUGAUUUUGGUAGUGGUGCCAGCUCCUAUUUUGGAUCCGCGACCGAUAUCAAUGACCACAAGUUACUGGAGACUAAGCUUAAAGAAGCCAUGGAGACCAAGGGGCGAUUCCUCAGUAACAUGUCUCAUGAGAUUCGCACUCCACUCAUUGGAAUCUCUGGCAUGGUCAGCUUUUUGCAGGACACUACUUUGAAUGAGGAGCAACUCGAUUACACCAACACGAUACAGACGAGUGCCAAUAGUUUGAUCAUGAUUAUCAACGAUAUUCUUGAUCUUUCCAAGGUCGACGCUGGUAUGAUGAAGUUGAAGUACGAGUGGUUCCAUACCCGCUCCAUCAUCGAGGAUGUCAACGAGCUUGUUUCAACCAUGGCGAUCGCUAAGCGACUGGAGUUGAAUUAUCUCGUGGAAGCAGACGUGCCUGCAUGGGUCAAGGGCGACAAGGUUCGAAUUCGCCAGGUCUUGCUUAACGUCACCGGCAAUGCUAUUAAAUUCACUUCUGAAGGCGAGGUCUUCAGCCGUUGCCGUGUGUACAUGGCGGAGGGUUCCAACGUGGAUGAGAACGAAAUCAUGCUCGAGUUUUCAGUCACUGACACAGGACGUGGAUUCUCCAAAGAAGAAGCCGAUCUGAUUUUCAAACCAUUUAGUCAGAUUGAUGGAAGCAGUACUCGCCAGCACGGCGGCAGUGGCCUGGGUCUUGUUAUCUCACGGCAACUAGCUGAGCUGCAUGGUGGUAGCAUGACAGGUCGAGCUACACCUGGCAAAGGAUCGACUUUCACAUUCACAGCAAAAUUCGGCCUUCCCACAUCCGAGGAUCAUCCUAACCUUCCUGACAGUCCUCCGCCUACUGGCGCCUAUACCCCUAGACCUGAGGUGGUGGAUAAUGUUCCUAAUAGCAUUAAGCCUCUACCACCACCAAGGCAUCUACGUUCAGUCGAAGUUGCCAGUCCUGGAGGCACAACGUCCGAGUUUACGUCGCCUGGAGGCCUUUCGGUUGGUAGCUCAAAUCCAUCUGUCCGUUCAGCCAAGUCGCAACUCACCGAUCGGUCGUCUGCAACAUCCGUCACUGGAGGUCUUGCCCGCUUUAGCGAAGCAGCCAAGGCUAGUGGGCAAGACUUAUCUCAGAUGAAGUUGGAGAUGCCCUCAGGGCGCAGCUCUCCUGGGACUCACCUACUGCCUGUGGGAUCACCUGAGGAUUUCCGACCCCCAAUGUACUCGAUCCUCAUCAUCUGUCCUCAGUUCCACAGCCGCGAGGCUACUACGCAACAUAUAGAGAUGACUCUACCGAAGGAUGUUCCCCACCAGAUCACGGCAUUGGCAAGCGUUGAGGAAGCGCAGACACUGAUCAGUGGCGAAGACCCUAUCAAGUUCACGCAUAUUGUUAUCAAUCUUCCCUCUGCCGAGGCCAUUAUCGGAUUGAUGGAUGAUAUAACAAAAACACAGACGAUCGAUAAGACGACCAUUCUUGUGCUGUCAGAUUCCGUACAACGACAAGCAGUUCUUAAGCUGGCGGCCGACACUAAGUAUGAGCACCUUCUUUCGGAUAAUGUAGUGACGUUCAUCUACAAACCUGUGAAACCGUCCCGAUUUGCCGUCAUCUUUGACCCGAACAAGAUGCGCGAUCUCAGCAUAGAUCGCAAUCGGUCGACAGCUCAGCAAAUGGUCGAGAAUCAGAAGGCUAGCUACCAGGAGAUUGAACGGCGCAUGGGCAACAAGGGCUACAAAGUGCUAUUGGUUGAAGACAAUCCUGUCAACCAAAAGGUUUUGAUGAAAUACCUCAAGAAGAUCGGCGUCGAUGUCGAGAUCGCCGUUGAUGGUGCCGAGUGCACCACCAUGGUUUUGUCAAAGCCUCAUAAGCACUACUCCCUUAUUCUGUGUGAUCUUCACAUGCCCCGAAAGGACGGUUACCAAGCGUGCCGUGAGAUUCGGCAGUGGGAAUCUGCCAACCGUUACUCCCAAAUGCCAAUCAUUGCCUUGUCGGCCAACGUCAUGUCAGACGUUCAGGACAAAUGUGUCGCAGCGGGUUUUAGUGACUACGUUACGAAGCCCGUCGACUUCAUAGAUCUCAGCCGAGCCAUGUCGAAGUUCUUCUGA